UCUCCCUAUGAAUACCCAGGAAACUCUCUUUCUUCCUCUCUCCAUCCCUUUGUUCCUCUGAUAACAUCCAAAGCUUUUGUGUUUCAUUUUCUUCCUCUUCUCCUCUCAGAGGAGCCUCUGAGGCAGCUCAGGUGUUCCUUGUCAAGAUCUCUGGUUUUCAGGUGUGAAAAAAGGAAACAACAUGAAUCACUGUGGGUACCAGCAGAAGAACAUCUUGACAAGCUGCGAGGAGAUGAGGAUGGAACCUGUUGUUUGUCCUAAACCUCGUCGGUUGAGUCUGUUGAACAAUUCAUCCAUUGAUAACCAAAUCAGACCCAUCAUGAGACCACCCAUGAUCAACUCCCAUCCAGAGAUCGAAGAAGAUUCAGGUGUCAGGGCUGAGCUUCUGGAUAUCAUUCUCCCUAAGGUUAAUUGCUACCCUGAAAGAUCUGGGGGCAUGGUGGUGGCAUCAUCACCACCAUUUUUUUGUGGAUCUCCACCAAGCAGGGCUUCAAACCCUGUGAUACAAGAUGAGCAAUUUGGGAAUGGUUAUAAUGGAAGUUUUAGUCCAUUUUCCAUGGCACCGCCUUCGCCGUCUUCCUCGGCUAGAGGCUGUGUUCCAGUGAAGUAUAGCCACACACCAGCGGCGGUGAGGAUCGAAGGUUUUGAUUGCCUCAGCAGGGAUAGGCGCAACUGCAGCAUUUCUGCUGUUGCAUAAUUUGUUAAACACAAAGAAAAGGAAGGAGGAAGAAGAGGAAGGAAAGUCAGAGAGGAUUGAAAAUCACCAAAGUUCUAAGAGCAGAGGAGAUUUUGGGUACACAGAAACUAAUCUUAAUUCACUCUUGUUACUGUAUUAUAUGUAUAUAAAUUGUCUAUGGAAGAACAACUUGUUAAGGUGUCAUGUAUAAUUGAGAUUGUGAGAUUUUUUUUUCUUUUUUGAAGAAUAAUAAGACGACACAAGUCAGGGGAAGGAAAAAGACAAGAAGAAGUCUUCUUCUUUCUCUCUUGCUAGGUUUAUAUGUCAUGGAGAGUCUGUAACUGGUCAUGUAUUUGAAACUCAGAUCCUCCUCCUGUAAUUGUAAUUUGGAGGAAGAUGAGGAUUAAUCUUUGAGAUCUCUUGUAAAAAAUAUAUUUUUUGUGGGUGCCCCUAUUUUUAGGUGUUACCUAUUGAUUGAUGAUAUCAGAGAUAUUGUUUAUACUUCAUAGA